GGAAUACAUUAAUGUUUAUUUCCUUUCCCCAAGCUGCUACAUUAUUUUCAAACACUGGAAUACAAGUCGAAACGGAAUCUUCAAAAUCUGACUUUAUAACGGAUAGUGAACAAGAAAACAACAACACUGCAAGCAGAACUUCUUGGAAUCGAAAUGAGAUUAUAGAGCUAAUAAGCUUAUAUAAGACCCAUGAACAGUUAUUUAAAAGCACAACAAUGAGAAAUGAUAAAGUAUGGGACAUGAUAGCUGAAAAGUUACCAACGCACACAACUGACCAAAUAAAAAACAAAUUUAAAUAUCUGAAACAGAAGUAUAUGGAAAAGAAAGAUAACAUGAGUCAAAAGAGCCGUGGAGCAGGUACGAUGAAAUUCGAUUACUUCUUUGAAAUGGACGAAAUAUUUGGUCAGGAUCCUGACGUACAGCCAGAGCAAACUUCAUCUUCUUUACGAGGAAUUCAACGUGCUACCAAGACAUCAUCGGUUGAAGAAAAUUCAUGCAGUGACGAUGAAGAGAUUACAACAAAGAAAACUGGAAAAG